GGGACGAGCGUGGGGGGUAGGGCGAGUCAUAUGACCCGCUCGGCUUCCUGGCUUCGGCCGCCGACGCCCGCCCGUGUCCGCCAGCGUCGCGCCGGGGCUCCGAGGAGCCGUUGGGGGGUCCGGGCCGAGGCCCGCUCGUGUGGAGGUCGUCGCCGCCGCCGCUGCCAGCCCGCUCGCCCGUCUGUCCUCCCUUCCCGGCCGCCAUCAUGCUGGCGCUCAUCUCCCGCCUGCUGGACUGGUUCCGCUCGCUCUUCUGGAAGGAGGAGAUGGAGCUGACGCUCGUGGGGCUGCAGUACUCGGGCAAGACCACCUUCGUCAAUGUCAUCGCGUCAGGACAGUUCAGUGAAGAUAUGAUACCUACAGUGGGCUUCAACAUGAGGAAAGUAACUAAAGGUAACGUCACAAUAAAGAUUUGGGACAUAGGAGGACAACCCCGCUUCCGCAGCAUGUGGGAACGGUACUGCAGAGGAGUCAACGCUAUUGUUUACAUGAUAGAUGCUGCAGAUCGUGAAAAGAUAGAAGCCUCUCGAAACGAACUGCAUAAUCUUCUAGAUAAGCCACAGUUACAAGGAAUUCCAGUGCUAGUACUCGGAAACAAGAGAGAUCUUCCUAAUGCCUUGGAUGAGAAACAGCUAAUUGAAAAAAUGAAUCUGUCUGCUAUUCAGGAUAGAGAGAUUUGCUGCUAUUCAAUUUCUUGCAAAGAGAAAGAUAAUAUAGAUAUCACACUUCAGUGGCUUAUUCAACAUUCAAAAUCUAGAAGAAGCUGAAGCAUCUCCUGACGUCUUCCAGUCCUUGCUGGCUAUAAUCCUAGAAUUAUUGUCCGUUCCUCUGAAGUACUUCCCAGAAUACGGUCCUUCCUAAACCCAAGAAAUUGCCUUUUUCAGAGUUUAUUUCUCAUGUGCACUGCUGAAGAUGUGUAUCCCUAAUCCUUCAUAAAGAAUCAACUAGAGUUGUCAUGAUAAAGUCAGCACAUACAAAAAGGCUUCUUAUACAUACUUGUCUUAAACAGUGUGUAGAGCUUUUUUUUUUUUUUUAAAAAACACACACACUUUUGACCAUCUUAAAUCAAGAAAAAUUGCAUAUUUCUGUUCUGGUCUUUCUGGGCCAGGUUUUUAUAUUGGUUUUCAGUAAAUGUCUAUCUAUGAUAUUUCAUUAUAGAGUCCAGUAGCUUGAUACUGAUACUGACUUGUUACAGCAUGAAGUUUCUAGUGCCACACACAGUAUUUAGAAAACCUUUAGCCUGACUCAUGUGGGAUAGAAACAUGAUGUUUCAUAUCUCACACAUGCAUGUGAAAUGUAUAAUUACACCUUAGGAAUUUAAAAAAUGGUCUGCAAAGAGUGAGCAGAGGCACCAGAUCAGUGUUGUUAUUGGUUCUUUACACUGGCAAGAUCUUAGGCGAUGCAUUUUAAACAGAUUCUGCUUUCUGAGAAUCCUUCAUCUCCAGAUAGCAGUUGGGGGUACGGAAGGAACUGAGGCAUGCUGUUUUGUAUCUGUCCAGAUCAUUAAUUCUAUAUUUUUUCUUCUUUCUUUUUCCUGGUUCAACACACUUUUUUAAGGGGUUGGGAAUUGAAGAUUUUCUCAAAAGCUUUCAUGAAUUUAGAGCAUUCCAGCCAAUGUAAUAAAACGUGUUAAGAAUGUCAGACUGUUCAAACACCUGUUUGUUCUUUCUCUCUCCAGUCAUUAAACUAGUGCUGCUGCAUGACACUCUAACUCCUCACUUUUUAUAUUCAGUCAUAAAGUUGACUUUCAGCACAAUAGAUACUUAUAAACAAAUAAAAUUCUUAUUUUUCUCUCUUA